AUGGGUGAGACCCAAGUCCCGUCGACCGAGACUUUGGUCUCCCGUUUCCCGAGAAGAGACGACCCUGGACCGAACGGCCCGGGAUGCAGCUUGCUGGCCGGGGGAGGCAGGUUAAGCUCGCUCGCUUUUGCUGUAGUUGCUGUUGUGAUGAUUAUUGUUGUUGUUGUUAUUGUUGUUGUUGUUGUUGUUUUUGUUGUUGCUGCUGCUGCCACUGCCGCUGCCGCUGCCGUUGCGGUUGUUGAUAUGUUGUGGCAAGUGAAGAUUCCUGCAGCUGGAUGGCCGAACGUCUCUGGCCGAAGAGCCGAAGAGGGUGGGCCAGACACAGCGAAGCAUAAGCAUAAGCAUAGCACAGCACAGCGCAUAUACCUAGCACAGCGUAUUAAGCAGCGGGCAGCGGGCAGCAGCAGCAGCAGCAGCAGCAGCCUCCACCAUCCACGCACCACCACCAUAACCCAUGGUCCAGGUCCAGGUCCAGGUCCCCCGGCCCGCUUGCUACGAUCCCCGAAGAGCGAUGGAGUGAGGGGAGGGGGGAGCGCCAGAGACAUGAAGAAAACAUGGUGGGAGACAGGGCCUGACGGGCAUGGCGGGCGGGCAUGCUUGCCUGGCAUGCCACGACACCCACAUCCGUCGAAUGAGCCGGGCAGGCAGCAAGCAGGUUCCGGAUGUAUGAGCAAGGAAGAGAAGGGAAGGGGGAAGGGGGGGAGAGGAGAGGAGAGAGAGGAGAGAGAAAAGAGGAGAACAAGACAAGAGCCAAUUUCGGGGACGGGUUCCUGGAUGAGCUGCAGAGCGCAGAGCGCAGAGCGCAGAGCACAGCACAGCACAGCACAGCACAUUCAAUGUUUGCGCGUGUCCGGGAUCGUGGGAUGGAUGAUGGAUAGGUGGUUGGAUGUACUGUAUGGGGGGUAUGGAGCUUUGGGUGGAUGGGAUGUUUGGGAUGUAUUGGACGUGUUGGUGGUAUUGGAUGUAUUGGACGUGUUGCUUGUAUUGGAUGAAUCGGAAGUAUUGGAUGUCAUGGAUGGAUUUUGGAUAUACUACCACUACCACUACUACUACCAACCACUCCACAAUGCACAGACAAGACAAAUUCGACGGGCAGAUCCGAUAGCUGAAGGUGGAUCCCGAUCCAGAUAA